AUAAGUUGUUAUUGUGCCUUUUCCAUAAGUGACUUUCUGUGGGCUUCUAAUUAACUGAAAUAGUCGCCCUCUUGCUUUAACUUGCCCUAGACAACAUUUUAUGAACCAGAAACAAACAAAAACCCAAAAGACACAUCUAACCAGAGCAAAUCUUGUAGAACCCAAUUUUGCUUGUAGCUGCCUUCUUCCUUGGCUAGCAAAGUUUGGAAGGAUACCAAAGGAAGGUGAUAAUGGUGGUUGGGCUGUGUGUAGGAGGCACUAGAUUAAGUUACUCAAAGUUUGGCGGAAAAGAGCUGCAGAGUCAUACGCCCAAAGUGGUGUUGCCUUUCAGUGCAAUGGGAGAUUCCAGGUUGGCGCUGCUGAGGGUCAUCUUACAGAAGAGAGUGAGAGAGAGAGACAGGAGAGCUUACAUGUAGGAUACAGUCAACUUUCAUCUUUAAUUCUAUUGUAGGACCCCGAAAAUUCUCCAUGGCCAUGAUUUAGAGCUGAAGUGACUCAUCCCGGGACGCAAUGGAGGACCUGGUCCUGGAGCCCCGGUCAGAGCGCAUCGCUCGCUACAAGGCGGAGAGGAGGCGGGAGCUGGACGAGCGUUUUGGACACACCGAAGAGUGUGUAGACCCCCGACGGGCCAGCGACGGCGAGGAGGCACGAGACCCCGGUUCCCAAAACGUCAACGGCAAGACACACGGUGUUCUGAAUGGAUCGGACACUUCCGUGGGAUCCACCUGCCUGACAAGGCAGGAUUCCCAGGACACAACGGAGCAGCAGCAGCUCUGCACUCGGGUGUCGGUGGGCCAGCUGAGGAGUGCUCUUCUGCAGCAGGCGGGAAACGGAGCCGAGCCGGACAAAUUGUGUGCAGAUGAUGGGGCACGAGCCGCGUCCUCUCUGGACCCGACUUUAAAGCCUGCGUCGGACGGGGCCCGUCGCCGCACCCGGCGUUACUUUCCCGGCGGGCCAGGUGGCGCCCGCAAGAACGGCGAGCGCUUCAGGACUCAGCCCAUCACGGCCAAUGAGGUGGAAGAGAGCGGCGGGUUGGUGGAGGCUAAGGAAAAGGAAAUGUGUGAAGCCGAUGUGAAAACAGACGAACGAGCCCAGAUGAGCGUGGCGGCCAAGAUGUCUUUAUUUAAAGAGCUGGAGAAGACGGCCGCCCCCGAGGCCUCGGCUUUCCUCAAACCUCGAUCCGGAAGCGUCUGUCAUGAGCGCAGGCAGCGGCGGGGCGACGACCAUCGCUUCCUCACGCAGCCAAUCACUUGUGAGGAGAUGGUGGCUGUCAGUGCACCAUCGGCCGCACCAGAGGAGGCACGCCCUCCCCAGGGGGAGCCAGCGGAGGCCGACGACGAGGGUUGCAAGCUUAGCGUGAGCGAGAAGUUGGCUCUUUUUAACAAACUCUCCUUGACCGAGGGGCCGAGUGCCGAUGGGGCCCCGGAAAGGCGGCGGCAGAAGGGUGCCCGCUAUCGCACGCAGCCCAUCACGGUGGAGGAAGUCAGCCUGCUGCAGAAAGGCCCCGUGGAGCUCCCCGCCUUGUCUUUGUCCUCUCACCUGUGCGACAGGCAGCAGGCCUCGUCCAUCAACCUGAAGCCCAGCGAGCUGCGCCUCUCCUGCUCCAAACCUGACGUCAGCCCAGCGGCUUCCAAUCAGGCCAUGCAGUGCUGUGACUCGGAGCCCGGGCUCAGAGGGAUCCUGAAGAGGAGCCACUCGGAGCGUAGCGGGAUUUCCGGGGCGGAAGGCAACGGCGCCAAUUCACACGGAGACGUGGCGACUGCGUGGAUAGGGACGCGGGAGGCUGCGGGGGAGGGUGGCGGCUCCCGGGCGGCCGCCCCAUGGAGGCGGGAAACCAUCGCCUGCACGCCGACACAUGCGCUGUCGACACACACUGGCAGGCGCCAUAAUGUAGACGGUGAUACAGCAGGAUGCGUUCAGCUCGCUCCGGUGAAUGGUGGCGCUCAAGCCAACCACAUGAUUAAUGGUAGUGCUAGUAAGGGAGAAAACUAUGGCGUGAAGCCUCAGUGUUGGGAUCCGGUCUAUGCCUCGGUCUAUUCCCGCACUACACCUCAGUAUGUUAUGUGCUUCAACCAGACCAAUCGGUCCUUCGAGGCACAAGAAGUGGCGUCUCCGACAAAGAAUCAGAGUCCACCGCAGUGGACACAGAAGUCUGUGCAGGCUGACGAAAUCAAACACGAGUGGCCUCAGCUGAUCAAGGCGCAAGAAAGGACAAGUGUUGAAUGUCUGCAAUUCGACAGCAAUAACACCUGUGAGAACAACAGUCACUCUGCUGAAGGUCCAACAUGCUCAUUUGAAGCAGUUAACCAGGAAGAGGUGACACCUGAGAAUGGUUUUUACCCCGGCCCACCCUGUGGAGCCCCCUCUGAGGCAGGACAAGACCUGGACCUUUUCUGCCAGACCAAUACCCCCAUGCUGACAUCAGCUGUGGCAGAGCACCGACGUUCCGUGCGCCCAUCCCGGCGUACUCAGGGAUCCCGAAACCCUCUCCGGGCUCUAGCGGCCCGCGAGGACGUCAGGCAGGAUUUCAUGGGGCUAAACACGGCCGCCGAGCAGAGUGUCCAAACUGAGAAGAAUUCUAUGAAUUCCUCCAAGGCAAAUUCCGUCAGCUCCUAUCCGAAUCCACGGGAGCGUCAUCCACCCUUCACCAGCCCUAUGCUGCUCUUCAUCAAAGGAAGGCAGACCGUCCAGGUCCGCCUGGCCCGGCCCUCGGCCAGCUCCUUGAACAGCGGAGACUGCUACCUGCUGGUCACCGCCGAGGACUGCAUCCUGUGGAGCGGACAGUCGGCUAACGACAAAGAGAGAGCCAAAGCCUCAGAGUUGGCAUCUUUCAUUCAAAGUCGCAAGGAGCUGGGCUGUAACGCCACUUGUGUUGUCCAUCUGGAAGAGGGGCUGAACAGUGACAGCAGCCUGGCUGCGGACUUCUGGAACAUUCUGGGAGGAAGGACACCUUACAGAGGAGCUGGUGGAGCAGAGGAGGAUGAGUUGUACGAGCGCGGCGUUGUGGAGUCCAACUCUGUUUACAAGAUGCUGGACAACAGACUGGUCCCCCACGAACAAGCCUGGGCCUCCAUGCCCAGUGUCUCCAUGCUGGACUCCACUGCGGCACUUGUGUUUGACUUUGGCGGCGAGGUGUACCUGUGGCUCGGGAAGGACGUGCCAGCCGACCGUCAGAAGGUGGCGCUCCAACUGAGUCGCCAGGUGUGGCUCGGGGCCUACGACUACAGAACUUGCCGGGUCAACCCGAUGGAUCCCACCCGCUGCGCCGUCGACACGCAGCUGAUGGGUGAAGGGCGUCCCAGCUGGGCUCUCUUCGGUGUCGUCUCAGAAAACAACGAGACGGCUCUGUUCAAAGACAAGUUCGUGGACUGGACAGCGAGAGGAGAUGAGGAGGAAGUGAUCCAGGAGACUCAAUCCCUCUCAGUGACGCCUCCAUGUGACCUUGUGAUGCCCUGCAAUGCCAAGGCUCUUGUGUUGGGCGAGACUGCAUUAGCGUCGCAUAGCACGCUGGCCGGCAUGGACCUCCAGAGGGGCGCCGGCUUGGACACGCAGGAGCUGAGGACCACGGGAGUCGACACGUGGCACGUCCACGAGUUCGACGACUGCGAGGUCCCCCUGGAAAACGCAGGACAACUUCACGAGGGAGACUCGUACGUAGUCCGCUGGACUUACAGCGCCGGGGCCCAUUGUGAAGACAGCGCAGCUUUUUUCCUAUGGCGAGGACGUCACUCCAACGUGAGUGGACGGGACACUGCUGCAUUUCUCUCCAUUGGGAUUAACAGCAAUCAAGAGUCACAGGUUGUGGUUCAUGAAGGAAAGGAGCCUCCAUGUUUCCUGCAGCUCUUCAAGGGAGGUCUGGUCAUUCAUAAAGGCCACAGAGAGGCCUCCUCUUCUAAUGCAGCGGCGCAAGCAGGCACGUGGCGCCUGUUUGCUGUCCGAGGGGAGCUCCCGGACGAGGGCUCGCUGAUGGAGGUGGAAUGCUGCUGCGCCUCGCUGCGCUCCAGGGGCUCGCUGGUCCUGAUCAACGGCCAGCAGGCGUCGCUGUACCUCUGGACCGGAUGUAAAGCUGUGGCUAGCUGCAGGGAAGUGGCCAAGACGGCCACGGAGCACCUCACUCAAGGGUGUCUGGCAGAACUGGGUCUGAGUAAAAGCCGUCCAGUGAAGAUCCGGGUGGUCGAGGAAGGUUCGGAGCCCGCUGACUUCUGGGCGGCGCUGGGACUCAUGGACAGGAAGGCCUAUGACUGCAUGCUGCAAGAUCCAGGUAAAUAUAACUUCACGCCGCGCCUCUUCCACCUGAGCGCCUCUUCCGGCAGCUUCAGAGCCGAGGAGUUGCACAGUCCAUCGCAGCUGCCGGGCCUUGUGGCGGCCAUGCCUUUCUACCAGGAGAGCCUGUAUCCGGCGCCAUCGCCUGCCCUGUUCCUGCUUGACAACCGCUUUGAAGUGUACCUGUGGCAGCGCAACCCGGCAGAGGAUCAGACGGAAGGCUGGCACAGCGAGAGGAAGUGCGCCAUGGAGACGACGCUGCAAUACUGCCAAGAAGUCAACCCGAGACGCCCGCCACACGCCUACCUCAUCUUGGAGGGCUGCGAGCCUUUAACCUUCACUAACGUGUUCCCUCGCUGGGAGAUGAAGCCGGCGACCCACACACAGGGCAAGCUGACCUCGGUGCAGGACGCCCUGGCCCAGCUCACCAAGAUAAGAUCAAGAUCAAAGCAAAGCCCCUUACCUGACAGAGGGGACCCACGAGGCCCGCAAGUGCAGCUGUCGGACCACGACUUGCAGACUGCUUUGGAGCUGAAGCGAGAGGACUCCAGCUGCUAAAAAGCUGGCUUGAAGACAACCUGAAGUACUUGUUUGCCAAAAUGACAAAUAAUAUGGUUAAAAAAAAAGAAGGCAAUUUUAUUUAUGUACUUUUUCAACAAGACACAGUACAACAAUCAUUUUAUCUGUACAAAUUACAGGUUGAAGAUAUGAGAGGACAUAUAUACACGUGACAAACUACUGUAUGUGGUGCUCGAGUGCUUAGAAAAGAUCAUCUAAUAAACAACAUAAACGGCACAUUUUGUGUUACACUUCAUCCUUGAUAGUCACAAAUGACCAACACAGUGUUGCCUUUGGCGGGCAGCCAUUUUGGGGC